UUUAUGAUGUUGACAGACAUUUGACAUGACCACUAUCAUAAAGGUUAAAUACGUUGAAUAUUUAUUAAAUGGCGAUGACGCUGGACAUCCAGAAGUCACAGCUGUAGACAGAGAGGUACUGGUGAAUAUAAAUUGUCCAAUUAGGAUGUUACUAAAUUAUAUAAGAAAAGUUGCACGUGUGAAUGGCGAGUUCGAUUUGUGCGAUGAAAUAAGUUGUCAUCCGAAGAGUACAUCUUUUUAUGAACCUUGUACACGUGGAACAGAUAUUCUUCAACCAGAUUUAACAUAUUUUAUCGUUACUUUCGAACGGGAUGAAAAUGGACAAAUGAUAAACCAUACGCCGCUUUUAACCGGAAAGGCAGCCAAGAGAUGUUGCGAUAUUCUUUCAAAAAUCCAAAAACCAUCGCGAACAGUUUCCGUUAAAUCUGUACUCAAAAAGUAUAAUAAUGCACAAUAA